GUCCAUUAACCACCAAGACGCGCGGUUCACUUGCUCUACUGCAGCUUAAAUAAGUUCCUUCAACGUGAAAAUAAAUCCUAAAAAAUAUUCGGGAACUUUGUGAAUAGUGAAUAAAAUAUGUCCCUAAAAUAAUUGUGUAAAAAGAAAAUUGUAUAACUAAGUGAAUUGUGAAUUUCCAGAGUGGAAUCAAAAUUGAAAUUAACAACAAAUAAACUGAAAUACAAAUAUUUUACUUAUAAAUCUCCGAAAGAGACCUAUAAAAAUGAAUCUCAAAACCGUGCUGGCGAUCAUUGCGAUCUUCUUUUUGAAGUCGGCUCACGUGUAUUCCAGUUUCCCAACCGACAUAAACAAGAAUUACUUUGACACGGGGAAUUUGACCUUGCCCAGGACCACCUCUCAUCCACAUACCUAUCGCACCAUCGCUCGUUAUUUUCUACCUCUGCGCGAAAUUCACAACGAGGAGGAGAAGCCCUACGGCUACGGGGAGUACUUCGAGGAUCGGGAGAUCCCGAAGUUCCCCCACAAGCGCGUGGCACGUGAGCAGGCCACCCAGCAGCAGCUCCUCCAUGGCCGCAGUGUCAAUGGCAACCUCGUGGGGCAGUUCGACGAUAAUCACCUACAUUUUGAUACCGCCGACGAUGGGAACGACGAAUUUCUACUGAAUCACGCCUCCAUGGGGACAGCCAAAAGGGAAAUUCAGUCGGGAAACGCCAAUGCCUUGGAGGAUGCCCGACUAAGAAAAGCCAACAAUGCUCGCAACAGGGCUCUCAAGGACAGGUUCGAAGCCCACCGCUUGCUAGUGAUCAACAACGGGAAGUGUCGGUGGCCCAGGCCGGAGGUGGUCUACAUCGCCACCGAGACCGAUACGGUCUACUCCCCGCGGGCCACGAUCCUGCACCGGUGCAGCGAUAAAAUCGGAUGCUGCGAGCCACAACACACCUGCACCAUGAAGACGAACGAAACGGUGGAGCUGGUGUUCACCAAGUGGAAAACCAACUUGGAGUACAUCAAAAAGUCCAUGGUGAACCACACGGAGUGCGAGUGCGUGUUUGUGGAGACGCGCCGCAAACGCAGUCCCAUCUGCCAGUGUCCGAGGCACUUCAGCGACUUUGGCUGGACGGGAUCCCUGCCGGCGGCGGAGGAAGUGGAGCACCGGGAGCCUCGCUGUAGAUGCGACUGCCACCUCAGCGACGACACGUGCCAGAGGCUGAAGAACGGCUUCGAGGGAUUCUCGGUGAUGGAGCGACGACGUAUACAAAGCGGAGAGGUCAGUCCGCCCUUCUGCAAUUUCGGCCCAUAUGACAUCAGAAACGGCCGUUGCCCGCGCCCUGGGAUUCCCAACCAGAACCUGAAGGUGCCACAAUACAUCCAGUCGCGGCGCCAGCAUGGCAAGAGCUAAACCAAAUCCCCAGUAGAAACCAUCAAUCCAGAACUGUGCAUAAACUAAAAACUACUUUUACAAUACUACUAUUUAAAGAUACGAGUGAGCCAUUGAACAAAAAAUCCAGAACUGAUUCUUUGGAUUGACGGAAAGACUUUCCCGAUGACAGUGAACGAUUUCACUCAAAGCAUUCAAUGGGAACUUCCAUAUGUUUAGUCGUUAGUUAGUGAGCUAUAUAACUUAAAGAUUGCUUUUCCACACGGUUAAUAUCUACCUUUAAAAAAUAUUAUAAUACAUAUACAGGACAUACCUUUUAAUCGUUUAAACGUUUAUAGUAAUAAAUGCUGAAAGUAAGAUGCCAUUGAAGAAUCGCUAGAACAAAAAUACAUCAAAUAGACCCAAGUUCCGAUCAGAAGUAUUGUCAAACAACAUUCGAGUGUACUUAAGUUAUCGUCGAUUAAGUUCACCUCCUAAGCUACUAAUGUAAUAUAUUUGUAUACAAUUAAACGAUACUUCUAGUCACAACAAG